UUAACUGACUGUCAUUUUCGAGAAAAACGAAAAGCUGCUGGUGCGUCGUUCGCGGAAAAAUUGAACCGCCUUCCAGUUUCCUCGGUUUUGCAAAAUUAAAGGAACAAUCCUCAUUUACACUGUCCGGGUAUAUCAAACGACUGUUCACGGAACCGUAAUUUAUUCAAAAUGAGUGAAGCCACUCCGGACGAUAUGUGGACCCCGUUCAAGCACCUCUUCAACAGUAUCGAGUCGUUCCUGUCGGCGUCCGGCAGUAGCGCUGGGCAACAGCAGGAACAAAAUGUGGCCAGUCUGGAUGCGCUGCUGCGAAAGCACAAGCAGAAUUUUACCACCCUGCUGCGAAAUCCACCGAAGAAUGCCAAAAGCCGGGAGGCAAUCCGGGUCGGGAUUACGGACGGAAUAACGCUGCCUGAGUUUGGGCACACGAUUCUGUCGAAGGAUCUGGUGGACGAGAGUGUGAUUAUUUCCGAUAUGUACGAUUUGAACGAGUACAUUGCGCUGGAAUUGCUUUGCACAGCGCAGCAGCAGAUGCCGAAUCAUCCGGGGCUGCCACGGGGCUUGGUGGCAGUAUUGCUGUACUACGAUGGGAGAAAGUCGUUGAUUGCGAGCUUGAAGGAGCUGUUUCAGGCCCGGGCUGGUGUGAGUUGGUGCACGGAUGCGCCGCACGAGAUUACGCAGCUGAUAACGGCGUACACGGAUGGGCUUGUGGCUGACGGUGUGCUGAAUAAAAUCGUGGAUUUGCUGGGGGAGUUGGAUGUAACGAAAGAACUGGACGUUCUGACGACGAAUCGGGCGCUGGGUCCGCCGAAGCAUCAUCGCCAGGUGCUGGAUUUGUUCGAGGAGAUUCGGGUGCUGUUGGCAACGUGUUUGUUCAACUGGGCGGCACAGUGCGGGCUUCCACAGGGCACGACAGUGAAGCUGAUCCGAUACUUGGCCAAGUACAAGUCGACGGUGUCGAGCGGCGGAGUGGACAAUGUGACGCUGGCGCUGCAGAUGGCGUUGAUGUACGGGUUGGAUAUGAGCGUGAUUCAGAGGCGGGAGGAUGGGGAGGAGGUCGUGAAACGGCUGCCAAUGGUGAGGGAUCCGGAAUUCAUCGAGAAGGUGAUGGAUGCAGUGUGUUCCAGUUGGGAGUGCGAAGGUUUGCGAUCGGUUUCGUUGUUUACGUUUGGAUUGGCCAUCGCGACGCUACGGCUGGCUCCUCAGAAUCUGUAUUCCAACACGGCGAAGAUUAUCGAUCAGGAUGAGUUGCUGGUGGAUGCGGCGAUCCAAGGGAGAGUGUUUGAUUUUAUUCAUUACACCCUAUUGGAGAAUGAUUUGAUCUUCCGGACGGAGUUUUAUUAUCGGAGGAUGCAUGUUUUGUUCACGGACUUUAUUGAGCUGAUGCACUCGAAAGUAACUGAAUUGAGAGCGCGGGCGGACGAAACGGCACGAACUGCUCAGGCUUUCCAACAGCAGGGCUUGGAUCCACCUGCCAAUCUGUGUCGAAACUUUGAGGCACUGCUGCUGUCAGUAGGAAAGCUGUAUCAGAAUGACCAAAUGCGACUGAAUUUGUCGUUGGAGUAUUGGGGACCGAUGGAAGUGGCAGCCAAUUAUCAACGAGCAUCUUCCCGAUCGGUUUGUCUGUUCAAAUUCAUCCGUCUGGCAGGGGAAUUGUUACCGCCAACACUGUUUAUUCCUUAUUUGAAAAUGCUUGCCGGAUUAUCGAGUUGCCCACAAUCCGCCAGGAACGCAUUCAACCUGCUGAAGCAAGGCGGCGGUGCUUCCGGGUCAAUGGCCACAAUUUCCUGGGACCAUUUCUUUAAUUCCUUGUUUCGUUAUUAUCAAAAUCUCCGUCAGGAGCAGAAUCCGGGAAGCGAAACAGUUUACCGAAAUCGUGCUCUUAGUAGAAACAUCAAUCCGCAGGAAAUCGCUGGAUUGCAGGCAGUUCUCCAGGUAAUUCGUGCCGUCGCCACACAUGACGAAGUCGCUCGAGUCGCCCUUUGCGAACAUCCGAACUGGGCUCCUCUACAUGUCUUACUAGGACUUAUUAGCUGCUCCGUUACCAUUUCGUUGAAAGCCGAGCUUGUUCAGACGCUCGCCGCGCUUGGUAAAAGUAAGGAAACCGCUCUACAAUUGUGGAACAACCUCGAAGCAUCCCAGGUCAUAACAACAAUACCCACUACGAGCACCUUUGCCAAUCGUGGUAUAGAAUCCGAGCUAGAGGAAAUUGAAUCGCGCAACGAAACCUACCCUCUGACGCUAGGAAUGCUGGACCUUCUCUACACGCUUUGUGAAACCGCAAUUCCACGAGGCCUUGGUGCCGGUCCUCGCAAACCAGGACUUGAUCCGUACGUCACUUUCAUCAUCGAUGCGGUGUUUUUACGUUUCUACAACCGCAACUACAAGAAUCCAACUGAAAAGUGGCAAAUCGCUGAAAAGUGUCUUCGACUGCUGAACUCCUUCGUUCAGAACUACGCCCCUACCCCGGCAGAUUUCCCCUCGCCCACCCAAAUGCGCGAGGAAAACUCUCCCCCAGGCUUCCACAUCCUGCUCCAGGUCAACACCAAAUCAGACUUCCUCCGUCUACUCCUGCACAUCAUUGACGAAUCGUGCACUCUUUUCGAUUCGUUCGCUCCCUUUCCUGGACGCAAACAUCUAGAAGCAACUUGCCACUUCGCCCUGCAAAUCAUCGAACGGGCUCUCGAAACUCAGGAAGAUUUCUUCAACGCCCACUUCUCUGCCAACUGUUCGAUCCUCCUUGCCGGAGCCAACAAACUCCUGCUGGGAAUGAACCCCCGCAGCGGAAAAGCGGACCACAUGCUCAACAUCGUCCGUUUCGUCACUUACAGUUCCUGGCUUCCCGAGAACGCCCUCGUUUCUAUUCGCAUUCUCACGGCCAUCAUGCGCCAACCGAACGUCAAUCAGCAAAUUCUCGGACUGCUGACGCAAAACGAGCGAAUCAAAAACGAAAUACGCCAAGGCUUCGUCGAGUGCCUGGAGAGCGAAUCGGUGACGUUUGCCGCCUCGGCAGCGGCAUCGGUCGAUCCAUCCGGUGGGGACGAAGGCGACCAGGAUAUGGAGGACUACUCGGCUGCGGAUGCCGGUUCGGCUGUCAGCGUGGAGCUGCAGAUUAAGGAGGCCAUCAUUGGUCUGCUGCAGGAGUGUUUACCCCAGCAGAGCACUCCCAAUUUGGCGCACUACCUGCUCGGGUUCGAGCUGAACAAGGAACUUCGGCUGACCAAUCUGCAGCAGCCGGGGGUGAUGAAUUUUCCGAGCAACUGUGCCAAGUCGCUGAUUACGCUGCUGGAUAAUGCGCUGGAGACUUCAAAAUCCGGCAAGCAAUCGACCACCGCCCAGGACCGCCUCAUCGAGCAUGCCUACGGUCUGCUCCACUCGCUGUGCUACAACAGUCGCACCUCGGAGGUGAUUCUGCGCUUCCUCCGGUCGUGCAACGACUUCCUGUGCCGGCACGUUAACGGUCUCCCGUUCGCCAACGUGAAGAGUCCGCACGUCCUGAACCAGAUGACCGGUUUGCUCAAAUGCGUUGCCAUCGAGCUGAAGCUGACCUCCGACAAAAGUCAGGUGUCCCAGUUCGGGAAUGUGUGCAAAAUUCUGCUCGGUGUGGUGCAGAAUCAACCGAGCGAGACGCUCCCGUUGGAGUUGUCGCACCACUACAGCACGGUCAAUUCCAGCAUGUUGAUGAGUUCGGUCACGGGGAUGGAACCGGGAGCGACUGUUUCCCGGAAGGCACCAGAAUCGGCGAAGCUGUUGCUGUGUCAGUUGUUGGAUUGCUUGAACUUCGAGAUCAAGUCGCUGGAUAAGCCCAAGUGGGACUAUUUUGAUAACUCGUUGCUUCAAGGGCUACUGCAGGAGUGUGAGAUUUCGGUUCCCGGGUCGGCGCUGAAGUUGAUCGAUAUCAAGAAGCUGCAUGACGUGCUAAAGGACGAGUUGAAUUCGGUGCAGACGACGAUCGCAGCCGGACAGCGGGCGCACAUAUCGGCGGAAAUCGAAACGAUUUUGAUGUACGCCUUGCAGUUGAACAGCCAGCGGAAUCUGUGUGCGUCGACUGUGAAGUUCUUGGAAGCGUGGGGACAGGCCACGGAAGUGCUAUUCAGCGUGACGCCGACGAUGUUUGUUUCGCUGGAUGUGAAGCAGGGAUUGCUGGUGGAGAUAGUGCAGGCGAUGCUGAGCAAGGUGGUGCCGAAUCAAGUCAUGCCGGAGUUGGCAAACCUGGCGUCGUCGACGAUAUUGCUGUUGAUGGUGAACCUGCGGCACUGCUAUUCACUGAAGAAUGGGGGAGAAGGUGCUGCAUCCGGGAUGAAUGACAGUACGCUGAUGACGUCGUUUGGAGGAAGCUUCGCGCAAAAUGGUGUGGGACAAGGAGUCGGACGAUUCUCACCCAAGGCCAAUACGCUGAGCUUGAGGUACAUUUUGCAGAACAUUUUGGAGUGGAUUUUGAUCAGUGGCGUGGGAUCGCAGAAACUGAGAAUUAAUUUGUAUGCGGCGCUGCUCAACUACAUGCACAUUGUGAAGGCGAAUCGGGAUAAAAGCGAACAAAAUUCGGAAACGUCCAAGGACGAAUUUUACGUAUCGCGACUGGAUAAGAGUCUGGCUUCCGGAAGAACUCACGAUGCAGGAGGAGAUGAAUCGCACGCUCAAAUUGAGAUGGUGGUGGAGAUUGUACAAUCGUUUGGAGACAAGUUGAUCGACAUCCUGUGCCACGAUUGCACCGGAGGCUUGGAUAUCUGUAAAAUGUUGGCCUUGUCCUGUGUUGACAUGCUGCUGGAUAUGGACUCGAUGGCCAAUGUAAUCCAGUUUAUUUCGAAACGAGGAUAUUUGUCCCAUUUGAUUGAUAGUUUACUGAAGAAUGAUGCAAAGCUGUGUAGAAUUCUGGACAAUCAGCCGGAGAAUAUGAAGGCUUUGUAUGUCUACGAAUCAAAAAUGGCCAUGUUGAGUCGCAUUGGUAGUUCGCACAUCGGAGCAGAACUGCUGUUGGAAGAAAGAGCGCUCAGUGUCCUUGCUGGGAUGAAGGUGUUCGAUCUACACCCAGAUUUUCAGGUUCAGAACUACUCCCCACUUUAUCCAACAUCAUCAAGCUUCAUCCCCCCGAUUGAAGCUCGCUAUCAACAGAUCCUGUUCCCAGCAUUAAACCUUUGCGACGUCAUUCUGUCGACUCUGGGUCAAGAAAACCACUCGGCUGUUACUCAGGUCAUCAACUUCCUACUGUCGCACGGAGACAUGAUCGAGAUUGUGCUGCGUGCGGGAACUCCGUUCCUAAAUAUCGGCCUUCUUCGAGAACUCGCCGGAAUCACUGGUCUGAUCGCUCGUGCUGCCAACCAAGAAAUAUCCAGCUUGAUCACCCCAAAUGCCAAUCAGGACCUCGGUGCCCAUUUGUAUCGUUUGCAGAAACUCAUGCUGACGCUGUUCCCGCGAUUCACCCUCUCGGACCAAACGCUGAAAGAACUGAACCAGAACGUCCUGACCAAUUGCAGCGAGCGCGAAAAGGCCGCCCAUUUAAAAUAUUUCCUACAGAUCGGCGCCAACUUGGCGCUCUAUGCCAGGAACAGCAUUUCCAACCAUUCGGUUGACCAUCGAACGAUCAACGUACUCUUUGCGCCACAGAUUAGCGAAAGCGUUCACCACCGCCAGGUCACCGGAGCUGCCUUGGAGACGAGCCACAGCCUGAAUAUCGUCGUCAUCCAACUCAAGAAUUCGGUCGAGUACUUCCACCGGGAGAAGCUGUCAUUCGAGAGUUUGGUUCGCCAGAGAAAUUCGCUUCCAAGUCUCAGUUUGGAUACCAAUGUUCAAAUUCAACACAACAUCCUCACCGAGAGGAUAACUGACAAGCAGGAGGAGCUGAAGCGUUGCGUCUUCAUAACCGAGCACUGUCUGUAUCUUCUUUGGGCGCAUCUGGACUUCUUCAUGCUGCGUGCGAUUCCUGUCAACACAUUGCACUUUAACCUUUCCUGCGGAUCUGACAAUUACCUCUCGUCCCAGACGGAAGUCGGUUGGAAGAUUACCGCCGACGACGUGGCGGCACUUAAGAAAACACUCAUUGCCAUCUUCAACGAAACGUUCUGCAAGCAGCUGCUGGCCACCGGGCAGCAGGGAUCGGACGCCCGCGCAUCGGAUAAGGGCUUCAUCGAGGCGCUACUUAGGCGAAUCAAGCGGCUGAUUCAGUUUGUGCCGGUCAAGUGAAGUUGUCCCGGAUCAGUUGGUUGUAGAUUAAGGUCUUAUUAAUAAGGGUUUUUCCUAUUCAAUGUCUAACUCGUUCGUUUGAAAACUGCCGUAGCACUGCGUUGUUUACUGCAAAUAUUAAUACUACACACUAAUGAUGUAAUUAUUUUUGACCGAUUAUAGUGUUUCGUAACCGAUGGUAA